AUGAGAUUGUUAAAAGAACGAGAAGUGGAAGCGGCGAAGAAACACGAAGAGAGAUUAAAACGUUGUGCUUCAGAGAUAAAUAUGAUGUUUGAAAAAAAAUGUGCAAUCGAGCCCUCGAUAAUACCGAUUUGGCAUCAUUCCGAAAUACCCGAUUAUGCCAUUACGAUUGAGAACAAUGAAUUGUCGGACAUACCUCACGUGCAUUUACAAAACGAAUCUAUUGACGAGGAGAAAGAAAAUUUCGAGGAAUCUAAUUUAAAAUUCUUUUCGAAGGAUUACGAUUUCUAUGCGGAAGCUUUAGAAAAGAUGAUGGAUGGUGUCUUAGAACUUAGAUGGGAGGAUGAAAUAAAAAAAGAUAUUCCCAAACCAACUUGUUUAUUGGAAAACAAACCACCCUUCAAGUUUACUUCGGAAGAUAUAAAAUCUAUCGAAUCGUAUAAAAUUAAAAUGGAACGUAUGCAAUCGGAACGAGAAAAAUAUCGAUCUAUUUUGGAAACAGAAAUGAAGGAAACAAAGGAUAAGAUAACGAAGAGCUUUAUGGCUUUUGACGAGAAACUAAAGAAUUUCGAGACAAUCAAGAUAGCUAUGGAUUCUUCGAUUCUUCAAGAGAAACUUGUAAGACUUCGAGAGUUACGUAGAUGUCAUCGUAUAUGCGACGAAAGUACCAAAAUCGCACGUUUCAAAACGGAACAAGUUGCUAGUAUCACGGAUAAGAUCCAUAAACUCGCGCAGGAUUGUUUGCUCUUUGAAACGAUCAUUAACGAGUUGAAAAAUCGAUACGAAAGUCUUGUUAAACGUGAUAAAGCCCUCGAAGGAAAGUUUCGUAGUGAGUUCGGUGAUCUGAAACAACAGAAGAUUGAACACUUAUUCAGGCAUUACAAAAAAAGACCAAGAAUCGGUAAUCUUGCUUGUACAUCUGUCACGUAUCUAACAGAACUUGGAAAAUGUGUAAUCACCAACGAAAAAUCCGAAAUUUUGCCGAUCGAGUGUACGAAUUUUCUUCGAAAUCUUCAAGCUCUCGAUUCUAUACCAGAUAACGUAUCAUCGUUGAUAGAUGAUACUCAUUGGAAAACUAUGUGUAAAUUGAGAAGAUCGAAGAUCGAGAUCGAAAUGAAGGUCAGAUGCUGUGUUGUAGAAUUGGCCGAAGCUGAGCAAACUUUGGCCUUCUAUUAUAGAAGCAAACUAACCGUGCAAAAUGAGUUACACCAAUCAAAAGCGGAAUUGGAUAAACAAGAAAUAGAAUUUUCUCAGUACGUCGAGGACAGGGAGAUACAGUUAGUGAUGAAGAUGAGACAAGUUGAGGUACCUAUUCAAGGUCAAGGUCUCGAUGAUUUCACGGACGUCGUUUUGAUAUCACGACGAGAAUUUCUCUCUAUGAACGAAGAAAUCAAGAAAGCUGAUGAACAAAAGUUGAAGGCUAUCAAGAAGUCUGUUGAUUUACGGAGGAGAAUAUCUUAUCAAAAAUGCCGACACGAGAGUUUACGAUAUUCAUUGAAGUAUUUUCAAGAGGAAUCAAAAAGCAUUAACGAAGUCAAGGUCAGUAAAUAUACAUAUACAUAUACAUAUACAUACGAUACGAGAAACUAUUGGAUAUUGAAAGAGAACGUCUCAAGAAAAUCACGAAAGAUAUAA